AUGUGUUAGAGGUUGUAAACGUUACUUGCUUACAUUUUCCGAGUUUUUGCUUGCUUGGUUUGAAAAAAAGUGCGUUUUUUUUUAAAAUUACCAUUAGGUAAUUCUACACAAGGUAAUUUAAAGAGAAAAUGUCAGUUUUCUCCGAAUCGGCUUUGGAGAAAAAAUUGGCAGAACUUAGCAACUCGCAGCAGAGCGUCCAGACCCUGUCUCUAUGGUUAAUCCACCACAGAAAACACUCGAAAACCAUCGUCAAAGUGUGGUACAAUGAGCUGAUUAAAGCCCAGGUAUCUCGUAAACUGACCUUCCUUUAUCUUGCAAACGAUGUCAUCCAGAAUAGCAAAAGAAAAGGGCCGGAGUUCACACAGGACUUUGCUCCGGUUAUUGUCGACGCUUUUAAGCAUGUCUCCAGUGAAGGAGAGGAGGGCUGUAAGAAGCACCUGGAUCGGGUUUUGUCUAUCUGGCAGGAGAGAGCCGUGUAUGAGAAUGACCUCCUGGACAAACUCUCGGUAGUGCUACAUGGGGAAAAGAAGGCCAAGAAGCGACCUUUUGAGGAGAUUAAAGUGAAAGAUGAUGACUUUGCCUCCCAGAGCUCUCCAGCGAAUCCACCACAGACAGCAGAUUUGAUCCGGGCACUGCAGGAGUUGGAGAAUGCAGCCUCAAGUGACUCCGCCCUGCGACAGAGGAUCUCUGCUUUACCCCCAGAGGUGCAGGACUCAUCCCUGCUGCACAGAAUUACAGAUAAGGAGUCGGGAGAACGUUUAUCCAGACUGGUAGAGGAGGCCUGCAUGCUUCUAGCAGAUUACAGUGGGCGCCUGGCAGCUGAGAUCGAUGACCGACGGCAGCUCACACGGCUGCUUGCACUUUUUCUGCAGAGCCAGCGGGAUGGCCUGGCCAAGAAUGAGCAGAAAUUAGAAGAGUACAAGCGCAAGCUGGCACGAGUUACCCAGGUACGGAAGGAGCUCCGAUCUCGUCUCAACGGCCUCCCAGAUCUUUCUCGGCUUCCUAAUGUAACCGGUGGCAACGUACGCCUGCCGUCCUCUGGUGAUCUCUACAGCCCUUCUGACUGCAUGAUCAAUGGAGAGAGGGACAAUAAGCACUGUCAUGACAGUAGUCGUGCUCUUGAGGACAGAGAACAGGAGAAAAAACUGGCCAGGAAACGUCUCUACAUUGUCUCAGUUGUUUGUCUGGUCUUCAUGGUGGGAGAAAUCUUGGGUGGCUAUUUCGCUGGCAGUCUGGCAGUGAUGACAGAUGCUGCCCACCUACUUGUGGAUUUCACAAGUUUCAUUAUUAGCCUGUGCUCUUUGUGGCUGUCAUCCAGGCCUGCUACAUACACACUCAGCUACGGUUGGCAUCGCGCAGAGAUCCUUGGUGCUCUCCUGUCUGUCUUCACAAUCUGGUUGGUGACUGGCGUGUUGGUGUACCUGGCAGUCGAACGUCUCAUCAAUCAAAACUUCGUAAUUGAGGGCACUGUAAUGCUCAUCACCUCUGGCUGUGCUGUUGCAGCCAACAUCAUAAUGGCAUUCACCUUGCACCAGUCAGGGCAUGGCCACAGUCACGGUGGGCUUAGCUCUCAUGGUCAUGGCCACAGUCACGGUGGGCUUAGCUCUCAUGGUCAUAGCCACAGUCAGGGAGAGAAGAAAAAUCAUAGCCAUUCUAGCGCUGACUACAACAAGCUAGAAAAUCAAGGGCACAGGAAGAAGACACAGGAAAAUGCCAGUGUGAGAGCUGCCUUUGUGCAUGUGAUUGGAGACCUUCUUCAGAGCAUCAGUGUCCUUGUUAGUGCACUCAUCAUCUUCUUCAAGCCGGAGUUCAAGAUUGCAGAUCCUAUCUGCACCUUCUUGUUCUCUCUGUUUGUCCUGGCCACCACAAUGACCAUCCUGAGGGACAUUCUGGUGGUUUUAUUGGAAGGCACACCGACAGGUGUGGACUAUAGGGAGGUGAGAGAGAUGCUGCUCUCCUUUAAGGGUGUGAAGGCAGUACACAACCUCCAUAUCUGGGCUCUGACCAUGAACCAGGCUGUUCUCUCUGUCCAUGUGGCUAUAGAUGAUGCUGCAGAUCCACAGCUGGUGCUCAGAGAGAUGACCCAGUACUGCUUCACCACAUAUAGCUUCUACUCUGUCACCAUCCAGCUGGAGCAGCAAUCAGACCAGAGACCAGGCUGCAGUCUCUGUCAGGACCCCAAACCAUGAAGCCUCCACAGCCACACAACAUCCCCACAACCUCAAUAAGCAGGCCAAGACAACAGUACUAAUAAAAACUAAAUCAGUUUUUGACUUUUCUCUUGUUUGUUUCAUUUUAUCAGUGGGAAGAGGAUUCAUGUGAACUCAUAUAGGUUUGAAAGAGAAAAUUAGAAAUGUGACUAUGAAUCCUACUUAAAGGUUUUUGUGUAUUUUUAUUUGUACUGCACUGUAUAACUAUUUGUUAUGUGUUAUAAUUAACAAAUUAUUCGCCGAAGGCGAAGUGAAUAAUAACUGAGAUGAAGCAGAGGUUAUUAUUCACCAGUGUUUACUAAGCCUGAGGCAGAUCAUUGUUUUAGUAUAAAUAUACAAGUGAUUAUUUUUUUUAAAAUAAAAAAAUUUAUUAAAAUUUUUUAUUUCAAUCUUCAAAAGCGACAUGUAAAUGUAAUAAGAGAGCGGUGUAGACUUAUCACUUAUCUAUGCUGGCUCAUAUAAAAUACUCAUCUCAUCUCAUUAUCUCUAGCCGCUUUAUCCUGUUCUACAGGGUCGCAGGCAAGCUGGAGCCUAUCCCAGCUGACUACGGGCGAA